AUGGCUUUUACAAAGAAUCAAAAGGCUCGUCAGAUCUUGGGUCUUGUCACACCCUUCAACUGUAUCUGCGCUGGUCUAGGUGCUGCGAGUAUCAUGCUUGUGAUUCUCGGUGGCGAAAGGGCAGAUGGAGACGACAAGGUCUCAUUUGUCGCAGGAGUGACCUUUCUUGCAGGCACAAUCGUACUGUCAGCGGUUUUGCCUGUACUCUUUACACUAUUGAAUUUUACAUAUCGACGCGAAAUGUAUGAAGUCGACGAGAAUGGCAUCGUGGUGCACAAAAGGUUUCCGAUUCUCCUCUGGACACUACCGGUUAUGAUAACCCUUUUCUGCGAUUCCAUUGAUUGA